AUGGUCGAGAAAGAGAUGGAGGAUCCAUGUCUUGAAGUGCUUCGGAAAUGGAUAAAAAGCCUCUCAGAUGGGACUUCUGGUCAGGAGGUAGAGACUUCCGCCACAAGGGGUAUCCGGCUAGUAAAGGCACACAAAGGGUUCAUCCUUUGUGACAUGAUCAUACACAGUGGUUUGUUGGAUAAAAGUGGACACUGGGAUGUCAGUGCAAUGGCAACAUUAGUUGACAUGAUUGCAAGUUUUGCCUCUUACACCGCUACCUCAUGUCACCAGGUCACUCUUGACUUAAGUAUCUCAUACUACUCAACGGCAAAGGUUCAGGAAGAGGUAGAAAUAGAGGCAAAGGUUGUAGGAGAGAUGGAUGAUUUGACUUCUGUGAUUGUAGAAGUCAGGAAAAAGCAGAAUGGAGAAUUGGUUGCUCUAGGAAAGCUGUGGAUGGCAGUAGCUAGAAAGAAUUCAAAACAAACGAGUAAACUCUAA